AGAGAGAAACAUGUUGGGCCGAAGUAAAUGUGUCUUACUAGCAGCGUUUGUAAUUUUUCAAGUUUGUUCACGUAAUAUAGUGAAAGCUCAAGAUGAAGAUGAAGCCGUUACAAAAUAUAAGUUAACAUUUCUGAACGAAACGGAGCCCACCUACAGAAACGCUCAAAUAAAAUGCAAGGACCUAGGAAUGGAUUUAAUAUCAAUUAAGUCAAAGGAAAAGAACGAUGCUAUUUUCAAGCACGUUUCCAAGAUAGAUAACUCGAGCUGUUAUUUCACCGGAGCUAAAAGGCCACUAGUAAAUAAAGCAUUUGUUUGGCCUGAUGAAACUAGACUAGGCUUUAGGAAUUUUGGCAAGAAUAUGCCAAACAACGACGGCCAACCACUAAUCAAACCAACUAUUAUAGUAGUUGUAAAAAGCGACGGAACAGAUUUGAUUUGGAAAGAUGCACCUUAUGUCACCAAAUGCAAACCUAUAUGUGAGAAGAUGUCAGAUAGAGAAAUGGAUCCUGGUCCGCCCCCACCACCAAAUCCAGACCAGAUAACAUUCACUGAGUUUUUUACAAAAGGACAAAAUAGGAUAACGAGAAUAUGUGAAGCUGUAGCUAAAGGAUCACCUUUGUAUAUUAAGAAUCAAAAACAAAUGGAUGAACUACAUGAACAAUUGAAAGCCAACGAUGAUCGAUAUUUUUAUUAUCUUCCAAUGAAGAGACAAAAUAAAAACUCUCCAUUCAUGUGGGAAGACGGUACAGAAGUAACAUGGAUGCCGAAUUCGGUCCGUAAAAAAGAUUUGUGUAUGGGUGUUAAAUAUAGACCAGCUAAGAAUGCUACUGUGUGGGAAGAUGCCAAUUGCUAUCAGACACUACCUACAAUGUGUGUUCCAAAGUACACGUCCCUUUCCAAAGACGGAACUACAACAGAAUCUGCGAUUAGUACAAAUCUCCCAACCACAGAACCUUCGACAUCAGAACCUGCAGCGACUGAACCGUCCCAAAAUUCAGAGCCUACAACGACUGGAGUAUCAUCAAAGGUUGAACAGACUGAAUCGCCACCUGUUUCCACUCCGUCUGGUGGAGAUGCUAAUAUAUCAGAAAGCGUAUCAGCUGGUGGAUCUGGUUCUACUGAGUCCCAAAAUGAAGUAACCACAAAAUCAGAAGGAGCUGUAACACCGACUGUGCCAUUAGAAACUUCUCCUGGUAAAGAUGCUAGUAUAUCAGGAAACGUAUCAGCUGAUGGUUCUGAUUCGACCAGUUCCCAAGAUGGAUCUGUUACACCAAAUGUGUCACCAAAAAUUCCUCUUGAUGGAGAUGCUAGUAUAUCAGGAAACUUAUCGGCUAAUGGUUCUGGUUCGACCGAUUCCCAAGAUGGAGGUGUAACACCAAAUGUGUCACCAAAAAUUCCUCUUGGCGGAGAUGCUAGUAUAUCAGGAAACGUAUCAGCUGAUAGUUCUGGUUCGACCGGUUCCCAGGAUGGAGCUGUGACACCAAAUGUGUCACCAAAAAUUCCUCUUGGCGGAGAUGCUAGUAUAUCAGGAAACGUAUCAGCUGAUAGUUCUGGUUCGACCGGUUCCCAGGAUGGAGCUGUGACACCAAAUGUGUCACCAAAAAUUCCUCUUGAUGGAGAUGCUAGUAUAUCAGGAAACGUAUCAGCUGAUAGUUCUGGGUCGACCGGUUCCCAAGAUGGAGGUGUAACACCAAAUGUGCCACCAAAAAUUCCUAUUGGCGGAGAUGCUAGUAUAUCAGGAAACGUAUCGGCUAAUGGUUCUGGUUCGACCGGUUCCCAAGAUGGAGGUGUAACACCAAAUGUGCCACCAAAAAUUCCUCUUGGCGGAGAUGCUAGUAUAUCAGGAAACGUAUCAGCUGAUAGUUCUGGUUCGACCGGUUCCCAAGAUGGAGGUGUAACACCAAAUGUGCCACCAAAAAUUCCUCUUGGUGGAGAUGCUAGUAUAUCAGGAAACGUAUCAGCUGAUAGUUCUGGUUCGACCGGUUCCCAAGAUGGAGGUGUAACACCAAAUGUGCCACCAAAAAUUCCUCUUGGUGGAGAUGCUAGUAUAUCAGGAAACUUAUCAGCUGAUGGUUCUCAAAAUGGAGGUGUAACACCAAAUGUGCCACCAAAAAUUCCUCUUGGUGGAGAUGCUAGUAUAUCAGGAAACGUAUCAGCUGAUAGUUCUGGUUCGACCGGUUCCCAAGAUGGAGGUGUAACACCAAAUGUGCCACCAAAAAUUCCUCUUGGCGGAGAUGAUAGUAUAUCAGGAAAGGUAUCAGCUGAUAGUUCUGGUUCGACCGGUUCCCAAGAUAGAGGUGUAACACCAAAUGUGCCACCAAAAAUUCCUAUUGGCGGAGAUGCUAGUAUAUCAGGAAACGUAUCAGCUGAUAGUUCUGGUUCGACCGGUUCCCAAGAUGGAGGUGUAACACCAAAUGUGCCACCAAAAAUUCCUCUUGGCGGAGAUGAUAGUAUAUCAGGAAAGGUAUCAGCUGAUAGUUCUGGUUCGACCGGUUCCCAAGAUGGAGGUGUAACACCAAAUGUGCCACCAAAAAUUCCUCUUGGCGGAGAUGAUAGUAUAUCAGGAAAGGUAUCAGCUGAUAGUUCUGGUUCGACCGGUUCCCAAGAUGGAGGUGUAACACCAAAUGUGCCACCAAAAAUUCCUCUUGGCGGAGAUGAUAGUAUAUCAGGAAAGGUAUCAGCUGAUAGUUCUGGUUCGACCGGUUCCCAAGUUAGAGGUGUAACACCAAAUGUGCCACCAAAAAUUCCUAUUGGCGGAGAUGCUAGUAUAUCAGAAAACGUAUCAGCUGAUAGUUCUGGUUCGACCGGUUCCCAAGAUGGAGGUGUAACACCAAAUGUGCCACCAAAAAUUCCUCUUGGCGGAGAUGAUAGUAUAUCAGGAAAGGUAUCAGCUGAUAGUUCUGGUUCGACCGGUUUCCAAGAUAGAGGUGUAACACCAAAUGUGCCACCAAAAAUUCCUAUUGGCGGAGAUGCUAAUAUAUCAGGAAGUAUAUCAGCUGGUGGUUCUGGUUCGACCGAUUUCCAAAACGAAGCUGUAACACCGAAUAUGCCACCAACAAUAUCAAAACCCCCUGCAGAAAUGAAACCAGGAGCAACUGUUUCUGGAGGAUCAGACAGUGGAUCGCUAAGUCCAGUGGGUCCUUCUACUCUGCCCGUUAAAUCCUUAGAUCUGUCUGGUAGGUACAAAACAGGUGCAGAACAAAACGGCAAAUCAAACCGAUGCAAAUGCAGAAAUAAGAAGAAUAAAGAAAUAUAAUUAAUUACAAAUAUUACAUUUGCCUAAUCCUUCAAUAAUAAAACCGAUUUGAUUAG